GCGUGUCAAGUGAGAACGAUCGAAGUAAUCUCAACAUAACCUCCAAGAACUUCUGUCAAAUUCCGUCAUCAGCAUUUCCACAACAUUUCAAAAAUGUCAAACAUCAAGUUGCUGGAAGACAGAAUCGCGAAUUUGGAGAAGCAGAUGUAUGGGAUCGGCAAAACAGCGAAUAUCGACGACGACGAUGACGACUCCGCGCCGCAGAAUCCUAUCGUCGAUCGUCUCCUGGAUAUCAAUUCGCUUCUUUACUCGGCAUUGUCGGGUAGAGAAAAUCCCAGCGUGAUUAUCAAACGGUUUCCCGAGUUAAACAGCUACUUGGAGCCCUUUUCCGAGGACGUCGAUAUGCCUGCGAGUGCCAAAAUACAAUUGUUGCUGACGAUGGAGCCAGAAAUCAUGGAAAAUUACAAGCUGCUGACCAAGGUCCAAGAGCUCGCACCUGUAUUGGAGUCCGAACGUAUAAAAAAUGUACCUGAGCUAAACAACACGUUCAACAAAUUGUCGUUGUCAUAUCUGAAAGCUUACGAGGAUUCCGAGGAGUUAAAUGCGCACGUGCGCGAUCUCUUGUCCAAGUACAACGCGGUCAUAAACAGUAUAUCAGAAUCAUUGCUUACUCUAAAUGCCGCAGUUACAGCUGCUGAAGUAGCGGCCAAACCAAAAAAGCAAAUAGAUGACUGAAGAUGUUAGUUUGUGUCUGUAAAUAUUUAAAUGUAUUCAUGUUAAUUUAUAUAUCGCGUUUUAGUACAUAGGUUAUAUAAUUAUUUUAGUAGC